AUGCCUCCAUACGACGACGACGACGUGCGCUCCUCGACGGUGAGCUACGAGAGUGGCGGAGGGCGCUGGGAUGCUGAGCGGUUUGCGCGAGAGCGUGAUGAGCGCAGCUACCGUGGUCCGGCGCCUGCUGCAGUCAGGGAGCACUCGCGACCUCGUCGCCGUGACGAUGAACGCUUCGAAGACCGUUUUGUUGAAGAGGAACGCCUGCCCGGCCCUUCUCGUCGUCGCAGAACCAGCCGUUUCGUCGAACAAGAAGACGAUUUUUACGCCUCUCGUGGUACUGGGCCCCUCGUCCGCCAUCGCCGCGAAGAAUCGCCGCCGCCGAGACCGCCGCGUUUGAUUAGGCGCCAGUCGUCGUUGGAUACCUUUGACAGACAGCCUGCCCGGAGAAUCGAAAAGGCGCCCCCGAUUGUGGGUGUUCGCCAGAGCCAUCGGAGACGAGCGUCGUCGGUGCGACGCUCCGAGAGAGACGACUACGAAGAAAUCGACAUCGCCGAGCCCGAGUUCUUCGGGGACGAGGAGUUUCGUCACUGGAACGACCGCGAUAUGCGUCGCCCCGUCCGAGAGGAGUUGGUGCAGGAGAGGAUUAUCGAGAAAGAGCGCACCUAUCCUCGCAAGGGCAAAACAAGGAUGCCGAAGCGCCUGGUGCAUGCCCUUGCCGUUCAGCAGCUUGGGUAUCCGUAUACUGAAGAGGAUAAAGUCAUUGUCAUCCAAAGGGCUCUUUCAAAAGAGCUUAUCGACCAAGUGGUGAGCCUAAGCCGGGAAAUCAAGCUUCGGUCAGAAACCGUCACGUACCGGGCCUAUGAAUCCCCGUCACCAUCGCCCAGGCGUGAGCGUGAAUUCGUAGAACGUGUCGUCGUCGCCUCUCCCCCGAGAAGACACUCCGGGGCAUAUGUUGUGGAAAGAUCCCCAUCGUCCCACCGACAGCGAAGUCCAUCCCGAGUCCGCAUCGGGCGUUACCUAGAAGCCCCGGACAUUGUAGAGGCACGGCCACGCUCAGUGUCUGUGACCUAUCGUCGACCGGCGUCCCCCGCCGUGUUCGAGCGCCGUGGUGAAUCUAGGGAAAGUCGGGGCCAAGUCGUCCUGGUUGAGCCUCGCCAUAGCGAGCAUGACGUCCGCGAAGAAAUCCGCGCCCUAGAAGAAGAGAGGAGGAUUCUUCAGAUCGAGCGCCGGCCCGAACAUGUCGGAUCUGUGGAUAUUAUCAACGACAAGAUUGUGCACCGGAGCAACGGCGAGACGGACGAGACCGUGGAAAUCAAGAAAGACCGCAAAGCUCCCGACUCCCGGCUUCUCCGCGCGAUGAUGGCAACAUUAACCGCCCAGUUCACGCCUUUUGCGGCGCGGACGUCGCAGUUUGUUAAGGAGCAGCUCGGCACCGCCGAUGAGAAGACGCAGCUCCCGGACGAGUACGUCGAGCUGGAGAAGCGAGUCGAUGCCUUGAAGCAGGUCCACCAGAAGCUUCUGUCUGUUACCUCCUCAUAUUCCAACGAAGCCUACGACUACCCACCCAACAUCCGCGAAUCGUUCAACGACCUUGGCCGCACGAUCAGCGAGAAAGUGCAGCUCUUGUCGCACGCUUCGACUCCCGCUGAAGCCCAGGCUGCCUUGACUGCGCCGCCGUCUGCUAAGCCGCAACCCAAGACCUUCAACCAUGCCAUCGCCCGUGCCUCGCUCGCCGGAUCGCAGCUGAUCUCGCAGAGCACACCCGCCGAGGAGGACCCCCUGGCGUCUGCGCUGGAAAAGUACGCUUUGGCCCUUGAAAAAGUCGGCGAGGCCCGUUUGGCUCAGGACGCUCAGAUCCAGUCGCGCUUUUUGGCGGGCUGGAAUACUACUCUCAACACCAACUUGACGUUUGCGACCAAGGCCCGCCGCAACGUCGAGAACUCGCGUCUGACGCUCGACUCCAUCAAGGCUAACAAGAAGGCUGCUGCGGGUGGUGACUUGGACAACCUGUCCGAGGAUGCUCGCGCCGAGAUUGAGCAGGCUGAGGAUGAGUUUGUUGGACAGACUGAGGAGGCUGUCAGCGUGAUGAAGAACGUCCUGGACACCCCCGAGCCCCUGCGAAACCUGGCGGAUUUGAUUGCCGCCCAGCUCGAAUAUCACAAGCGGGCCUACGAGAUCCUCUCCGAACUGGCCCCCGUCGUUGACGGACUGCAGGUCGAACAAGAGGCCAGCUACCGCAAGAGCCGUGAAGGCGCCUAA